UUAUUUUUGUUGUUUUUGCUGGGACGUAAACAAAAGUUGAUCGAAUAUUUAUAUUUGAUCCCAAGAUCAGAUCGGUUAGACAAAUGUUCAAAUAACAAAGAAGCUAAUGCAGAACGGGAAAUCGGAUGAUAUGGCCAGGAAAAGGACGAGGAAACGGAGCAAGCAGCGCAAAAGAAGAAGGAGAAGCAACGGGAAGCCCAGGCCCCACAACACUCAAGAUCGGGAUCCGUGGACCAAUGUAGCUCAAAUAUACCAAAGUCUAUUCGAAUGGCACCACAAUCAUGUUAUGAGCCUCUGCUCUAAGGAAGAUCCAAAUCCGGAUCAGGACCACGAGGAUGUUCCCAAGGAAACUGGAUCGUCGCCAUGUCUUGACUAUGUCUAUGAGAGUUCCUCGGAGGAAGAGGAAAUCGAACCCGUUGACGAAGAGUAUCUCAAGUUCCUGGAAGUGACCAUCAAGCAUCAGCAGGAACUGAGGGACCGAAGAGCUGCCCAAACCACCGACUAUUUAGAUAAGGAGUAGAAUAACCUCUGUGCUCAGAUCGAUGAUGACCGUCAGUCGAUCUUCUAUCUGCCUCAGAAAUCAGACAAAGCCUCCAAUAUAUACAAAUACUUAGGACUUUUGAGUGGAGGAAUUUGGCGAUA